AUGCUUCAUCUGUGGGAGGGGACGCCGGUGGGCAGGGAGGGCAACUGCACAGAGUUGCAGUUUUGCAGCCUCCUCAGCCGAGCAGCGGGCAAAGACGAGGCGGCGACGUCCUGGCUGGCUAGGGAGGAAGCUCGGGGUGCCAGCAGCCAGGGGAGGCGGCUCCCGGAGCGCCCUAGAAGCGCCCGCCGGCGCUCGCCGGCACAGCGCGAGGCAUCGCAGCUCACUGCUUGGCCUGGAGUGGAGGGGACGGCCGUGAGCGCGGGCUGGCGACGGGUGGGGGAGGGGUGGUCCUAUCCCGGCACCCCGGGGGUCUUCGGACCGACGGGUAGCUGGGCGCGCUCGGGACCGCGAGUUGCUAGGAAACCGCCCCACGCUACUCAGAGCUUUGCCCCGGCGGCCGGCAGGCGCGGCGACGGCCCAGGCGGCAGCAGCAGCAGCAGCAGCAGCAACAGCUCGAGCAGCGUGGGCGGGACAUUGGUGAGGCAUGAAGUCACCGCGGCCCACACUCGCUCUUUGUUUUGCUCACUCUGGCUCUUUUUAACCCCCUUGGCUCUGAUAGUUGCCAUUCCCAUCGUUCGCAACAACUCCUCAUGUGUAGCCGCGCAACAGGAAUCGCGAGCCGGGUUCUCUUUCCCUCUCUUCCCGGAAUCUUUGCACCCUAUCGCUCGCCUAACUGGUAUGGAGACUCGCUCAGCACGAGUGGCAGCUGCAUGCAAACCUCAGCCUCUCACCCCCGCGCAGUGCGCUCCUUUGUUCGGAGAUACUCCCUGCCCCGCAUCUGCAGCAUACAAAGUAGAGUCUAGGGGUCUCUCCCCGUCCCCAACACCCUCUGCUCCGAGGGAGCGCGCUCCCCACUUUGCUUGCAGAGUUAGGAAUUCGCCCUCUGCCCCAACCCAAGGCCGUCCGGCGUCUCCCCAGGAGAUUUGGGCGAGUCUGCAGGGGCUGUACCCCGAGCUGCUGGCGAAACUUCUCGCGGCUCCUGUACUCGGAGCCUUGGCGAUGAGCUGGACAGCCCUGCUUUCCUUCUCCGGUCUGGAGGUGGCCUUGGGCUUUUGCUAGGGGCAGCAGUGGUUGCAAAGUUUGACCUUUCUUCCCUCCACCAGCAGCUUAGCCGACCUCUUUAAUAGAGCACUCGCCUCUUAGCAGUUAUCAGACCGGUCCAGCCAGGUGCUGAUGUAGUCCAUAUACUAAGCCAGACCACCUGUGCAGCAAGAGGAAUACGAUGAAGCUUAUAAAUCUGUUUCAGAAAGUUUUGAAGCCCUUCAGAAAGAAAGAUUUCUACAUUUUGUUUCAAGAGACCUGUGUAGAUGUAUGUCAAGAUACCAGUUUUAUAGAGUUAGUGAAGCACAUCUCCAUUUAUUACCACUUCCCAGUUGUUAAAAGUUUAGUUCUGGCAUAGAAAUAAAAUAAGACUGAAUAUCCUUGA